AAGACUAAACGACUUUCAGCAACAGUUCUACGAGUAGCACUAGUUUGUGGCUUUUCCACAACUAGUUCAGAUACUGAUCAAAAUACGGAUGAUGAAGAAAGAACAAGUGAUAGUGAAAUGGAUAGUGAAAUGGAUAUUUCAAGUAAUACUGAUGAUAGUUCUGAAGAUGGAGAAGUCAUAAACGUUAGUAAUAUUAAUAACGUACGAUGGACCAAUAAAGUUGUUACUAUUGAUCCUCGCCAAGUGUCCCGCUCCUAUUCUAGCACACCAGUUGUACACAUUGCUGAUAUCUCUAAAGCAACACCCAGACAAUUUUUUGAGCAGUUUAUACCUGUUGAUUUUAUAAUGUCAGUGGUAAUUCCAUCUACAAAUAAGAGUGCGCGUGAAUGUGAACAAACAACUAGAGUUUCGCUAGCAUUUGGUCAAUACAUGUCACAUCAACGAUUUCGAAAUAUCAUAAAAUAUUUGACAUUAACAGAUAUACCAGCAAAUGAUGAUCCUUUUCAUUUUGCAUGGCAGUUUCACGAUGAAUUUAAUGAAAAUCUUACAAAAGCUAUCCUACCUGUUGAUAAAGGUCCAUUUCAACAAAAAAUACUGAGAAAGCCGCAUUCAAUUGGAUGUGAAUUCAAAGCUCUUGCAGAUGCUCAAAUUAAUUUGUUCUUAAGAUUAGACCCAGCAGAACCUUUGGAAUGUGCUAUAAAAAAAAAAUUUUUGGAUCAAUACCCAGCAACUAAGCGUCGUUAUUGGCUUAAGAAUAUCCCUAGUGAUAUUACAGAUGUACUUAGAGACACAUAUAGAUCAUUAUCAGCCGUAGACAUACUUAAUAAUUUGCGUGAUAAUUCACUUUCUUACCAUAAUAUUCUUGGAUCAAAACGCUCUGCAGAUCGUAUUUUUGCCUUCUAUCUUACAGUUGCAGAGGCAAAUAGCUUCUCUGCAUAUUGUAGAUUUGUUUCAGAAAAGAAAAAUAUGAAACACGUUGAUUUUCGCAAGCAACUAGCAAAAUCGAUCUUUAAUUGUUAUUCAAACAAUACGAUUGCCGAUCAAACCAAAAAAAGACGAAAACUGGAUUCGGAUAAUUUUGAACAUUGUCUCACCAACCUUAGUAGUGAUCCUGCAACCUCAAAACUCAAAGCUGUACAGUUUUAUGAGGAAUAUGUACAGAUUGUUGGGCCCAGCAUAUCCAUUUGA